AUGGCCGCCGCCGCCUGCGGCACCAAGGCUAUGUGCCUCUUCAAGCGGACCUUGGUGCUGAGCCCCGCCGCGGCGCCCAAGGGCACCCGCACCCCCUCGCGCUGCUGUCCCUUGCCUCCCAAGGACUGGCCACGGGGAGAGGGCGUGUGCUUUCGGCUACGGCGCCCCGCAGCUGCGGGCCGCGGGCCCCCGUCUCACUCGUGCUCCUCCGCCGCUGCUACCUCCCUGUGUGCUCUCUGCCCGCAGGACUCGCUCAGCAGCAGCUUGAGAACUUGCUACAAGCAUCUGCACCAGACCAGUCGCAGUUUCGCAGCUGUUAUCCAGGCGCUGGAUGAAGAAAUGCGCCAUGCAGUAUGCAUAUUUUAUCUGGUUCUCCGAGCUCUGGACACUCUGGAAGAUGACAUGACAAUCAGUAUAGAAAAAAAGCUUCCACUGUUACACAACUUUCACUCUUACCUUUAUGAACCUGACUGGCGGUACAUGGAAAGCAAGGAGAAGGAUCGACAAGUGCUAGAGGAUUUCCCAACGAUCUCCCUUGAGUUUAGAAAUCUGGCUGUGAAGUAUCAAACAGUGAUUGUCGACAUUUGCCGGAAAAUGGGAUUUGGGAUGGCAGAGUUUUUGGAUAAGCACGUGACGUCCGAAGAGGAGUGGGACAAGUAUUGUCACUAUGUUGCUGGACUGGUGGGAAUUGGCCUUUCCCGUCUAUUCUCGGCCUCAGAGUUAGAAGACCCCGUAGUUGGUGAAGACAUAGAGUGUGCCAACUCUAUGGGCCUGUUUCUGCAGAAAACAAACAUCAUUCGUGAUUAUCUGGAAGAUCAGCAAGAUGGAAGAGAGUUCUGGCCUCAAGAGGUUUGGAGCAAGUAUGUUAAGAAGUUGGGUGAUUUUGCUAAGCCAGAGAAUGUAGACUUGGCUGUGCAGUGCCUGAAUGAGCUUAUAACCAAUGCACUACGCCACAUUCCAGAUGUCAUCACCUACCUUUCCAGGCUUCGAAACCAAAGUGUGUUUAACUUUUGUGCGAUUCCGCAGGUAAUGGCCAUUGCUACUUUGGCUGCCUGUUAUAAUAAUCAGCAGGUGUUCAAAGGGGUAGUGAAGAUUCGAAAAGGACAAGCAGUAACCCUAAUGAUGGAUGCCACCAACAUGCCAGCUGUCAAAGCUAUAAUAUACCAGUACAUGGAAGAGAUCUAUCAUAGAAUCCCCAACUCGGACUCAUCUUCUAGUAAAACAAGGCAGAUCAUCUCCACGAUCAGGACACAGAAUCUUCCCAGUUGUCAGCUGGUCUCCCGAAGCCAUUACUCCCCUAUUUACCUGUCAUUUCUUAUGCUUUUGGCUGCCCUGAGCUGGCAGUAUGUGAGCACCCUGUCCCAGGUCACAGAAGACUAUGUCCAGACCGGAGAACACUGAUAUGCUCACCAUGAAAUGGAUUAAUCUUUUUUCAAGGAUGGAUAUUGGCUUCCCCCCAUUUUCCCCCUUCUGCUUUAAUCCUGUAAGAACUGUGGGCUUGGACCUUGAGAAACUGUGACGUGCAGCUGAGAAGACAAGAAUAAAGGAGGAUACCUCACCCUCAGUACCUGGUACUUGUAGGUUGUGCUCACCUGUGCAUGUGGCUGACAGCGGAGCACUCAGUGCUGCAGGUCAGGAAAUGGUUGCCUGGGUGCUGGUGAAAGAUCCCAGUGCGCAUCCUGGCUAGAAUUACCAUUAAAUGCAUUUAAUUUGAAGCAGCCUUUGAACAUCUAUCCUAGUAGAAAAGUGAAAUAAAUUUUCUUUAUGUUUGUC